UCCCAACCACUGCCAUGCUCAACCUUGCCCGAGUGUGCACUGCUAGCGCCGCCCGCCAGACCCCGCUCAUUCGCAGCUAUGCGGUCAAGGUGAUGGAGGAGGUUGAUGCGUACAAGGCUGUGGUCGGUGCUGAUGACAAGGUGGUCGUCGUCGACUUUGCCGCGUCGUGGUGCGGGCCGUGCAAGCGGAUCGCGCCGGUCUACGAGGCCCUCUCUGACGAGCACACCGACAUCGAGUUCCUUCAGGUUGACGUCGACACCCUCCCCGAGGUUGCCGGCUCCGAGGGCGUCGAGUCGGUCCCCACCUUUGUCUUCUACAAGCACGGCACCCGCCUCGGCCAGGUCGCCGGCGCCGACAAGGACACCCUCACCCAGGCCAUCACCAAGCUCAAGGACUUUGACAUGUCGCAGAUCGAGCAAUGA